AUUCCGAAGGCGAACUCAAUUUUAUUUCCUUUUCCACUUUCAUCCCAAGUUCCAAACAGAGCCUAAAAAAAACUUCCAAAUUCUCUUCUCACUCUACCUCUACUUACGCCACGUGCCUUCCGAUCAUCUCUUCAGCAUCAACAAAAAAGCAACGUUUCAGAAACAUACCCAAGAUGUCAUGCUUUCUGGCAAUUUUGCGAUGUAUUUUAGGUGUUGAUGAUAACCAAGAAGAAGAAACUCGGCUUAGAAAUAGUAAUCGCUAUAACAGUCCUUAUUAUGACACUUCUUCUAGAGGCUAUGUUCCUCCUACAACCACCACCACCACCACCAAUGCCACGACUUAUGGCCAGAUACGGGAACCAUCUGGUGCCUAUAGAACUACCACAUCCGGUGCCUAUGGAACUACCCCAUCCGGUGCCUAUAGAACUACCUCAUCCGGUGCCUAUGGAACUACACCAUCCAGUGCCUAUAGGACUACCCCAUCCGGUGCCUAUACGACUACCCAGACUCCUACCCAAAGCUAUUCCAACUCAUUGAAUUCAACUCCAACUAAGUUGCCUGAGACACCAAAAAUUUCUUUUGUUAAACCAAAGGCAACAAUACAUUCAUCAGUUGUCAAUAGACCAGAGGCCUCUAUAAGAACACCUGAUAAGUCCCAUGAAGCUGCUGCUCAGAAGCCAAAGCUAUUGCCUCCCUCACCCUUCCCAACUGGUUUUUCUCAAAAAAAAGCUAUAAAUCCCGAGACUGAUAAAACAACUACCUCAUCCGGUGCCUAUGGAACUACACCAUCCAGUGCCUAUAGGACUACCCCAUCCGGUGCCUAUACAUCUACCCAGACUCCUACCCAAAGCUAUUCCAACUCAUUGAAUUCAACUCCAACUAAGUUGCCUGAGACACCAAAAAUUUCUUUUGUUAAACCAAAGGCAACAAUACAUUUAUCAUUUGUCAAUAGACCAGAGGCCUCUAUAAGAACACCUGAUAAGUCCCAUGAAGCUGCUGCUCAGAAGCCAAAGAUAUUGCCUCUCUCACCUUUCCCAACUGAUUUUUCUCAAAAAAAAGCUAUAAAUCCCGAGACUGAUAAAACAUCUCAACAAAAAUCACAAUUUGGAUUGUCUUCAUUUUCCUUUCAACCAUCACCAUCUUUAUCCAAGUCGCUUGCUUCUUCCGCAAAGACAUUGCCAUCUGUGUCCACGCCACCUCCACCACCAGUUUCAUCAUUGUCUUCGUCUUCUUUUGGGACACCUCCAUCAUCCCCCAAGCCCCAUCGACCUUCCACUAAGCCAUUUUUGUCUCUGGCUCCAUCUAAUCCAACAAAUCCAAAUUCAAAAACCGCUUAUAUUUGGGUUGAGAAAGAUGCAUCUCCUAUUUAUGCCAUUCCUGAGGAUUUCAAAGAUUUGAUCAAGAACGAUGUUGUGCCUGGAAUUCUCGAAAGGCCUUUGUCCCCAUCAACGUACAAGGAUUACUUUGAGGCCCUACUUUAUGCCGAGGAUUUCUACCUUGAGAAAUGGGAUGGGUUUGAAAUGAAGAAUGUGACUUUGAAGUUGGAGGAAGCAUCGAUUUAUAAGAGGAAAGGCAAACACAACAAGAAGAAUGUGGAUGAUGAGAAGGAUGAUAAAGUCUUUGUGACAUUUGAGCUUGACUCCAUUCCUGAGAGAAGGCCAUUCCUUUUAUCCAGGGAUUUUGUCUACGUAUCGCCUUCAGGCACGAGAGCUGAGCCAUUGCAGGGUCUUAUCUACCGCGUGGUAAGGAGUAACCGUGUUUUGGUUGAUUUUGGCGAAGAUUUUCAUGUUCAGCAUUACUCGGCAUGCAAAUACAAUGUCAAGUUCUCUUUUAACAGAGUCUGUCUAAAACGAGCGCACCAAGCCAUCGCAACAGCCUCGGAUAAUUUAUUCAGGAACUUCCUCUUCCCUGAUUCGAUAUCUAAAAACAGCCUUCUUACUGCUCAACUUCCAUCUAUCGAUUCAAAUCUGGACUGGCAUCAAAUCUCUGCUGUUCGUCAUAUUUUGAGCAACCAAAAUGCGGUUCCAUAUCUCGUGGAGGGACCAAUCGCCGUUGAUAGAUCAAAUUUUUUAUCUAUAACCGGACUUGUUGUAUGUGAAGCAGUAAUCCAAGUGUACCGAACAUCUCCCUUAUGCCGGAUUCUCAUAUGUGCUCCAACAAAUAAGGGAUGUGAUGUCAUUACAAGAAGGUUGAGGGGGAAGAUUCCAGAAUCUAAUAUCUUCCGAGCGAAUGCUGCAUUCCGGGAGCUUGAUGGAGUUCCUGAAGACAUUCUUCCUUCCUGUAUGUAUAAAAAGGAAAGGUCGUGCUUUACUUGUCCUUCAAUACUCGAGCUCCGGAAAUACAAGGUGAUCUCAUCCACUUUCAUGAGUAGCUUUCGGCUGCGCAAUGUGGGCAUAAUGGCCGGACAUUUUAGUCAUAUUUUCCUGGUGGAUGCCUCGUCUGUCAUUGAACCGGAAGCUAUGGUGGCUCUGGCUAAUCUGGCGAAUGAGAGCACAGUCGUGACGGUAACCGGGGCACCCGGAAAUCAUUCGGGUUGGAUUCGUUCCGAUAUGGCGAGGGAAAACGGGUUGCUGGUAUCCUACUUCGAGAGACUCCGGGAUAGCAAGCUGUAUGACAGCCUCGAUUCAAAGGUUAUCACAGUGCUAAAAAACUCCAAUGAGACUUAGUGUGGGUAUUCUCUUCACGUUUUGCCAGUUGUGUUGAAUCCAUGGAUGAUAGAAUGUGUUUCUCUGUGAGUUUGUUUUAUCAUUUGGUGCACUAUUUUUGUACAAAAAAAUAACUCACUCUCCUCUUUUUUGGGGCUUUGUUUUGAGACUGUAAAAUGAUCCUCUUAACUUCCUGUUGGUUAUUGCAUCUUUUGCAAAUCA